AGCACAGAGAGCUGAAUACGAAUAGUUCCGGGUGAGAGGAACAUACUUGAGAGAGGUGGCAGGGCUCCAAUACGGAGACCUUCUCGCGGACCACAAGUGACGUUCUGUAAGUCAAUGGAGCAGCCGUCCGAGUCCCGUGGGGAGCAUGAUCUGUCCCGCGAUCUGAUCGUCCUGCAGGACCUGUGGGCCAGGAGGGACGUGAAGAAGGUACGCGAACACGUUAGAGACCUGCUCCCGGCCCUGGAGGACCCCCGCACCGCGCUUCUGGAUUUGCUGGAGGUUUCCAGCACCUGGAGAGGGAAGGGGAAUUCCUUGGCUAGCAUUAUAACGACCGAGUUCCACCAGUGGCUGAAUGACCACCCCGCGCCUCUGCAGUCUGGCACUAGGUUGAAGAAACUACAAGCGCGCAUGUUUAACCUGGUCUCCGAGGGUCAGCUUUUGGACCAACUUUGCUCCAUCUACCAGAUCCAGGAGGCAGAUAGGGCCUUUUUACUUGGACACGUGACCCACCUGCAGCGCAUGGGCAAAUACAAAGAGGCAGCUAUUCUGAGCAUCAGACUGAACCUCCAACCAGAUCUGGAUAUGGAAGAAAUGUGCACCCCGCUGCUGCUCCUGGAGAGGUUUAACCUUGUCGAGCUGUACGUCGCAGAAUACCCAGAGCUGCAGAGCAGGCUGGUACAGAUGUUAGAUAGUUGGAGUGACUCUACAUUCAACCCCAGGAAAGUUAGCAGACAGUAUAAAGGUCUCCCGUCCGUCAAACCCGACAAGCUGAACCUGAAAACGCUAAGCAAGCUGGCCUUCCGUCUGCUGGAGAAACAUAAGCUCGACCCAGCUCUCUGCACAAACCUAAUUAACCAGCGACACCUGGGGACCCUGAAAUACCUCAUGUACAAGAGAUUUGUGGAGAAAAGCAUGACUUAUGAGAAUUGGACGGACCACGUGCAGAACACGGUGCGGGAGAAUCGAUGGCUCCAGGGGCAAGCGAUCGAUCUGAUCGUCCGAUAUUGUGGCGUGGAAACCGCCAGCCGCUGGGCCUUAAAAUCAGGGAUCCCCGUGGAGGUUCUACCUGCAGACGUGGCAGACGCCCUGAACGACCUGUGCAUCCAGGAGAAGCUGCCGGACACCGACAAAAGCCGUGACGAUCUGCAGUCCAGGAAGGAGCGGUAUUACCAGCUUCCCAUUCCCAGGGACGCCGUCUACUUUGUGCAAAGCUCUGCGGAUCUGACCCUCUGCAGAGACCUAGUGCUGCAGGACGGACAGGUGGUCGGGGUGGACAUGGAGUGGAGACCCUUGUUUGGAGGUCUGGGAAGGCCAAACGUAUCCCUGGUACAAGUGGCGGUAAAGGAGGCCGUUUUCCUGCUGGAUCUGCUGCCAGAAAACCUGACGGACACGGAGGAGAUGAAAGAUAAAAAGGGACAACUCGCCGGCUUCAUCAGGGACCUGUUCUUGUCUCCCACAGUCACAAAGCUAGGUUACGACAUGUUAGGAGACCUGCAAAGCCUGGAUUCCACUGACAACGCAUUUCAGGGACUAGAAAAGGAGAGGCGGCAGGUUGUAGACCUGUUUGCGAUACAUAAGCAGCUCCUGCGCACCCACCGUAGAUCCAGGGAACCCAGCGGGCCCGUGGACGUCUUUGACGGUUCAAGCGGAGACAGUAUUUCAAAGCAAGCGGAAAAAGGACUAAGCCUCCUGGUGAAAGACGUGUUGGGAAAACCAUUAGACAAGACGGAGCAAAUAUCAAACUGGGACAAACGCCCCCUGCGGGAAGAUCAGAUCCUGUAUGCAGCUGCUGAUGCGUAUUGUCUGCUGGGGGUUUACGAAGCCCUGUCUCUGCACCCAGAGCAAUUUGGACUCAACGCCAACUUCAAAGAGUCUUUCAAAGGUCCCUCCGUAUCCCAAAAGAGCCCGGAAAACCCGCACUACAGGGAGAGCGCCAGUGUCAAGAAACAGAUUUUGGAGCGUCCCCCCGAGGAGACUUACAGUCCAUCCUCAGAGCGGCCGUUGUCCCCCCGGGAGUUCAGUGUAAUUUGUGAUAACAUGCUUCAGGGCCUGGGCCGAUACCUGCGCUGCCUAGGGGUCGAUGUUUUGAUGUUGGACAACGAUGAUGACCACAGAAGAGCCGCCGAGAUCGCCCGACAAGAUGGCCGGGUCAUCCUGACGUGUGGCUUCCCUUACCAGACGCUGCGUUCCCAGGUCGGGGAAGGAAGAUGUUUCCGGGUGAACUGCUCGGAGAAGGCGCAGGAGCAGGCCAUCAAGGUCCUGAAACAUUUCAACAUCCGCGUCACCCUCAAAGACGUCUUCAGCCGCUGCCAGGUGUGUAACUGUAACAAAUACCUGCACAUCUCCCAAGAACGCAUGAAAGAACUGAUGAAACUUCACGGUUACUUGAAGGACGCCAACGAGGCCAAAGGUCCCGCGGAUUCAGACCGUUUCUGCCUCCCCCGGGGGUCGCCCGAUAACCGGAACGCGGAGUGGAUAAAGGAGCUGGGCCUUUCGGCGGACUCCCUGGCGCUGCCCAGCGGGGCUUCCCUCCAGCUGGAGUCUCUGCCCGCCGGACUUCUGGACAAGGUGGAACUUUUCUUCUGCUGCAGCCGCUGCGGGAAGGUUUUCUGGGAAGGGUCCCACUUCGGGCGAGUGGUCUCGCAGUUCAGAGAGGUCCUGCAGGACACCGGCGAGUAUUUCUACCGCUCCUCGGGGGAGGAGCUCUCCAGGGGUUUCUCGACGAGGCCGAUGAAACCAUUUCUAUAAAAGAUAAUCGUGUCAAGGAUCUAUUUCUGCUGCGAUGUUUGCUGCGGGACGUCUCCGUAACCCCAUUUAUUUUAUUAGAGGUCCAGUCGCUUGCUUGUGGGACUCGUGAUAAAUAUAUU